UCCCUGUAAUUAAUCAAGCUAAAGGGCAAUGGAAAUAAAGGUCAUCAGACGGUUCAUUUCUUGGGAACACAAAGUAGCAUUCAUCGUACGAACGUACGGGCAGUUUGCAGCGACUAUUUUGGGCAGCUGUCCUGUGGUAAUUUCGGUAACUUUUACUUUUUGUAACAAGUGACCUGAAAAAUUGAAGCUUGUGGCAGAGAAAAGUCUUGUAGGCAGCGAAGGCCUGAAUUUGUUCAUCAAAAGACAAGAAGAUGGAAUGGGAGGCCAGAGAUCGUCUUGGGUCGGGUGUACUGGAUUUUGACAAUGACAUGAACAUCUUGUGCCAGAUUUGCUUGGAUCGAGCGUCGGGGUUCCACUACGGAGUACACUCAUGUGAAGGAUGCAAGGGAUUCUUCCGCAGGACUGUCCAGCAGAACUUGACGUACCGCCCCUGCCUGAAUGCCGAUCAGUGCGAGAUCAAACGAAGCAGUCGCAACCAAUGCCAGUCCUGUCGACUCAAAAAGUGCAUUGACAUGGGCAUGUCCAGAAAUGCUGUACGGUUUGGCCGAAUGUCCAAGAAAGAGAAGGCCAAACUUCAGGCAGCCAGACGGGAAGUCGUCAGCCGAGCUACCGUAACAGCGCCCUCUACAGAACCGCUGGAUCUCAGCCACUCGUCCAAUCAGGACCCGCCAGGUCAAACUGACCCAAAACCCAACGACAUGCUGCAAUAUCCGAAGAUCGCUGAUCUGCAGAAAGUGCAAAUCCCAAAUGGGAAACAUCCGGCAACCAGUGCAAUAAUCGUCAACGGAUUGCCCGGAAAACCUCAUAGUCACUCACCAGAGGGCGCUGUUGUCAACUACAGCAAGGACGAGUCCAAGGCAUUUCUUAAUUUAGCAGCCUCCCCACAUCAUAACUAUCCCAUGUUGCUCAACGGUCCCCAGUAUUACUCUGCUACAUCCCACUUGCGAUAUCUAGCCUCCAUGCCCCGUAUCAUGCCAGACAAACACUCAAGCGUGACACCAUUGGCCCCAACAGACCCUCUUAUACCAAACCAAACUGAUAAAUCUGACAGAAUCAAACAGGAAACUAUUGAAAACUUAAAUGGGAUCGUUCAAAACUCAGCCCCAGAGGUCCAGAAGGUUACACAUCCUGAGCCAAGCAAUGGUCAACCGGUUUACGUAGACUCACACGCAGUCAAGCUUCAAGAUUUUCCCAGCAAGUCAGCCCACAAUGCAGUGCUUCAGUACCAAAACGGCACCAAAGUUCUCCUGAGUGUCUCCCAAGGAGGCUUCAGGGAUGCGCCCCAGAGACACAUUCUCUCCCCAGUGCAAGACGAAAUCAAAGCUCCUAAGAGUAAACGCAAGUGCAAUACUUACCUGCCGAGUGGCACGGUCAAUGCAAACGGCUCUGAAUGGAGCCGGAAUCCAAAAAAGAAUAAGGCCUCAGGAGAUGUAGUUACCGUGGAGACUGGACGCCAUCUUGAACUGGAGCAUGAUGGGAUAGACACAGUGGAUGCCAUUUGUGGGGCGUAUGCUGAGGGUAUGGAGGAACAGUGGGCAAACCUUGAGAACAUUCUGUUAGCUGCAAUUAGGAAGCAAAUACCUAAAGAAAUUCCCAGGUCUCCUGAGAUGUCACAGACGGCAGAGCAUCAAUCUUCUGAGACUAGCAAUGGUCCAGAUUCCAGCAAGGAAGAAGCAUUCUCCAGUCGCUUCUCUCCUGCCAUUGGUCGCAUCGUCGCUUUCACUAAAUCCAUCCCAGGAUUCAACGACAUUCCACAUCCUGAUCAGGUUGUCCUUUUAAAGGCAGGUUGUUUUGAGGUCUUACUACUCCAGCUAUGUGAGAUACUGGAUGUGAACCAGGACUCCGUCCAACUGGUAGGCCAGAGGUUCACCCGAGAGAUGCUCAAACAGACAAAGCUAGGUGAGUUGAUGGAAGCCAUGUUCUCUGUUGCUAAGCAACUGAAAAAUCUUCAGCUGACUCAGUCGGAGACGGUGCUCCUACAUGCUGUAGUCUUAAUAGCCUCAGAUCGUAAAGGUCUUGCUGAUGCAGAGUGUACCCGUAAGCUUCAGACUUGCCUGCUUGGUCUCCUAGAGCGAUACCUGUAUCUCAGCCACGGCUCAGAUACCUCUGUCUUCCAUCGCUGCUUACAGAUUGUCUUAGAUCUACGCAUCCUCAACGUCCAACAUGCAGAAACGCUCCUUGCCUACCAAUCAUGAUUGCCGGGUCUUUCAAAGUUCAAACAUAACUUUAAGGUCUGCUGAAAGUCUGAGGUCUUGGUCCAAGGUUUUUAUCUCACCGUGUGUCCGAGGAAUAUCCAUCAGGCAGUGUCCCUCAAAAACAUUUGUCUUCCUCAACGUCUAACAUGCAGACACAAUAAGAAAGCUAUGAUUUCCUGAAAUUGAGUACCAUAACCACAGAUCUGUUAGGGCUCUGUGCACAAGUACACUGAGUGGUCAACAAGCAAAAAUCACUGUCGAGGUGUAGCUUAUGAUAGAUAUGCAAGGAAUCUUAAAUGUCAUGAUGUGAUACUUCAUGCCAAUUGGGGUUGUAGAGGCACCUUGACUUCUAGACUAGCGCUCACGAGAAGGCCACACAAUGCCAAUCCAAAAUUCUUUCCAUGCACCUUGUAUAAUCCAUGCAGAAUAAAAUAGCACUGUUUUGCCUACUCACAAAGAGCCAUAAGUCACAUAUUUGACCCUCCAGCACAGAACCAGUCAGAAGUGCAGACACAGCCUACAAUACAAAGAAUAUUGAUUUGUAGAAAUAGGACAAGUGAUGAACGCAUACUCCAAAUAUCAUUCUAAUUGCUUUUAUAGGAAUGUUUGUCAAGGAGUUCAUUUAGAAAACUUUAACAACAAAUUUGGAUUUAAGAAAUUUCUGAAAUUUCUAUAAUUCCCUCAGAUUUUGUCGAUUCCCACAUUCUAUACAUCAUUGAAAAGCUCGUUCAAUGUCCUUUCCAAUGACCCUAAUAUCCCAGUUUUCAAAAAGUGGCCCAAGGAGGGUCACAUAUAGCACGUGGUACGCCUGACUAAUUUCCUCUGAAUAUGCACAAACCUGAUAGCGUCUUUUGCCGAGGAAUGCUCUGCAGCCAAGUGCCUAUCAUAUCUCUCUGUUUUCUACUCCUGAGAGGUAGGUACUUUUGCACCGAGUCCCUGAAAUCUAUGAUUCAUGAUCGCCACGUCUUUCAGGACAAUUUGUGUGUGUAUAAACUUCGAUACUGUCUUCUGAGGGAUAAAUUAACUGAAAUGGUUGGUGAAGACUUGGAUUACAUCUCUGUGGUUGGAUUGGGAAUAGUGUUUUUUGGUGUCCAAUGUUCAGGUAUUAAUGUAUUUCAUUGGCCCUGAUAGGCUUAUUCAAUCAUUCCAUAUUUAAUUUAGCCAUGGCUAUUUUAAGAGACAAAUUCGUUAUGAAAUAUAUAUAGUUUUGAACUUGAGGCAUGGCUUGUACAUAUGACUAAAUAUUCUGUUGUGACUGAUUUAAUUUAUUAUUUAUUAUAAUCAAUGGUUCUUAAUGAUAAAAUGCUGGUUUAGUUGGGAAUUUGAUUAUCAGUCGCAAGUCCUGCCCUUCCUUAAAGGCAUCUAGGAUCAUUUGCAUUUAUCCCCAAAGUAACCUACCAAAUUAUCAAAAUAAUAUUGACUUGGAUUAAAGAUCGUACUGGCACUAAACACUCUUUGAAAGUAUUCCAUCUGGUGUGCUGUCAUUUAGAAGAAAUCAAGACAUGUAGGUGAUUUCCAACAAUCAGUCACUUGAGUGAUUUUUGGAAUAAAGAGUGCUGUCAAUGAAAUCGUGUUUCAUGAUCAAAAGGUUGUGUAUGGUUUUUCACUGUUUUCUCAAAACGUGAAGCAUCCACUGAGCUGAAAUUUGAACAGGUUAGAUUUUGAACGUUCUUUGGAUUUUGAGUGGCGUUAUUAUUGGAAACGUACAAAAUGCAUGAGAAGCAGAUGAUAUUGCCUUUAAGAUUGAAAAAAAAAUGUAGCUCUAGAAUAUGAAAUGUGUUGAAAUGAAUAUAACCAAGUUGUAUUUAUUUAUAUGCGUGAAAUUUGAGUCAAGAUGUCAUAUAAUACACUAACAUGCCCUAACAAUGCAACGCACUUCCAAAGAUCUUUUUUUUUUAGAUCCUUGAAAUACAAUGAUUUGUAUUGAAGUAAAUAACUUUAUACAAUGCCUGAAUAUAUCCCUGUCAUCUGAUUGGUGGGUCGUUGAUCACUAUUGGUUGCACUUCAACACGGCUCUGAUAACUCUGAUACAUUCAGUUAACAAAGUAACCGAUCAGAUGACGAGGAUUUAUUCAGGUGUUGUAUAAAACAAAUAAUGAAUGUUUACAUUCGUGCAAUGAAAAGAAGAAUUUCAUUCAGUUACAGAUGGAAUGUUCCAUUCUCUGUGUCAACUCAUGAAAUUAUUCUUGCAAUGCACUCAUACACUUUCCUUAUUUGUCUACUACUAAAUUUUGACAGAAUUACAGCGUAACAAGUCGAUGUGGAUUCAGUUGUGGAAUAAAAUAACUUUUGUACAUUUGUUUAAGGAAUUUAAAUGAUUUUAGUUAUGUGGUGUAAGCAUACUGAGGAUUUACAAGAAAAAUAAAAGUUUUUUUUUUUAAACAUGUACUGGUACAUGAUUUGAAUGGAAAAACAAUUUUGAAGUGUUUAGUUUAUGUAGUUUAUGAUUUAAUAGUCAAUACAGAUAUCUUUUGCUGCAAAUUUUGGUGUUUUUUUUAAAGGAAUAUUAGGUACUGUUAACCACUUGAAAAUAUGCAAUUAAAAAUUAUUUACAUUGGUGAAUUUUUAAAUGAGAAGUAUUGAAUAUGAAAUAUAUACUCAGCAAUAAUGAAAUAUGCAAAAUGUUUGUUGAAAAAUGUGUAAUAUGUAAAUGGGGGAAUGUUGCAUCUUUAUUCCUGAGUUUUUCUCAAUGUAUUUGAACACCACAAAAAUGCCUUUAAAAUGCAAAAAGAACACAGACCAUUUGUUUCAGUUUUUAUUAAGUAUUUGUGCCUUAAUCAUUCACUGAUUUUUUGUAAUAAAAUAUUGAAUAAGUAAAGUUCAGA